UUCAAUUGUUUAAAAACAGUGGAGGGCUGCCAACACAGCAAGCUAGACAGUCUACAACUCUACAGUAUGAAAUGAUGAAGAGAGGACGCGCAAUUUGCCUUGUAACAUUGGUAUUUCUGAAACUUGUUUAUGCUGUUAGCACAGAACAUGUGGAUGAUGACGAGAUUGACCCUAAUGACCUGUUGCACUUCGACCCAGUGAAUAUGAGAAUGAUAAAGGAUGUUCCAAAAACAGAAACCACAAGAACACCACCUUCAACAACUCCAUUACCAACUGUUGAGAGUAAAAAGACCAAUGAUGUCACCCCAGGGCUAAAAGAUGGUGAUAAAACCUGUUCCAUUGCUGAAAAAUCCUACUCUGAAGUUAUGCCUCUUCUACGACAGUUCUCAAUGACAUUAGUUAACCAUUUGGAAAGCAAGGUCACCUCAAGAGAAAAGGUAGAGAUAAAUUUAAGGCUUCAAGUCAACUCAGAUCAGAUCACAAAGCUUAAAAACUUUGGACAAAAAAAAAAUUCAGAUGUUCAUGAAACGUUUGAAAUUUUGCGCAGUGUAGUGCAUCAUGCAAGUGAUGUCCUAGACCCUGUGUCCAAAUUCUAUUGGCUGGAAGAUAAACUAGGGCUGUCAACACAAAGCUUAUUACAGAUAAUUGCCUCUGUAGCCCUAGCAAUAGCUGUUGUGAAGAUGCUAUGUACAACAGUUAUAACUCUGACGUUAGCCUUUAGAGCUUUGUUUCUUAUGUUUGUUGUCAGUGUGGUUUUCACCUGGAUUGAGAUGUACCAAGUAGAGCUGGCUGAACAAGAAAGAAUAUUUUUAGACAAAAUGGCCAAGUCUUGUCCACAGCCUGACGAAGGUAUCUGGAGCGCUGUGAAAUCUUUUUUGUCGUCAACGUUCAAGUUUAAAGACAACAAAUGUCAGAAAUAUUACCAAGCUAUGCUUGUGAACCCAGUUACUAAAGUUUCACCAAUGGAAGCCAUAGCCGUGGCUGUCGUCAAAACUGUUGUAGCACCAGCAGGGAUAGUUGGUCAAGCCAUAUCAGAUUUCUUAACCGCACUCCUCAAAGAUUUGCCCUUUCAUUUUCAACUGAUAGUACCAGUGUUACUAAUAGUCCUCCCCCUUUUUACUUUGGCUGUGAUCAGAGGUUACAGUAUCAAUAUUCUACAUCUGAUUAAUAUUGGACCAGCACCUCACAAUUCCAUAGCACCUGCAGCAUACCCUCCCAUCCAGCAUGUCCCUAUUGCACAACCUCCCAUCCACCAAGCCCCAUCUCUAGCGCAGGCUCCUGUCCUUCAGUCAUCAUCAGAGCCUUACCUACUCAACUCCAAUGCUCAAAGAACAGAAGCUGAGCUUUUAAAGAGAAACUUUUCACUGGGCCAGAUCAGCAAGCCAGGUGCCUUACAGUACAGCAAUGCUCCGGUUCCAGAGAACCAAGAAAGUAUCCAGGUACAGAGUUGUGUUCGUCAAAGAAAUGUUGAUAGGUCCCAAGUGAUCCCAGCUACCAGAAAACAUGAGACUCAUCUUCAAAGUGGGAGUAAAGCUGGUGAUGGUACUACAGUGGGGACAGAGGAAGAAACAAGGUCAGACAGCGCUGAUGUACCUCCAGUACAAGAACAGACAUGCCAGUCUACACCACCAAUCAGUGAAACUGUUUCUUGUGAAUGUGUACAAGAGGGUGGGAGAUCAGAAGAGACAACAGCCAUGGAAGAAUGUUCAGGGUGGAGCAUGAAGGCUGAGGAUGAAACCAUGGAAACUACAGAACAAUCGGAUCUCUCCCAAUCUCAUGAAAUAGCCAGGAAGUUGAAGGAUUUGAACAUAGCUGAUGGAUGUCAAGAAAUGGACUUGAUAAGUUCAUAAAAUUA